GAUUACUUCUAUACAAAAUCUCGCAUCAUUCUAGGCGCGAAGUCGAACGCGAAAAAGGCGCGAAAUCGAGGCGCGCAGCGCUGCCGGCGUGCUGCGCACGCGCGAGCGCGCGUUUCCACGAUUUCGAUAUAUCGCCGCGUUCCCGCCUUUUGACGGGCGAGCGAGCGUGACCAAUCAGCGAGGCGGAUCGCUGCCCCACUUCGUUGCUUCGCCGAGACGAUCGCGCGCGACGAGCGACCGAACCGCCACCGAAUGAUUUGUUUUGCUAGUCCGGCUGGGUCGGUGGGUUCUGGAUCUCGUGGAGUUUUGAAGAAAAAGGGAGAAGACUGAAAGGAGUCAUCACGAGCGGCUCGACGGUUCCGUCAAGGAUGGAUUCCGGCGGCAUAGUCGAGCACACGCGGCUGCACAAGGAGGUCCGGCUGCCGAAAUCGGCGGAAUCCUCGCCGCCCGAGAGCAAAAGAUUACGUUUGGAUGAUGGCUGCAAUAACAAUCUAAAUAGUACUCUCAACGAUUCUCAAAAUAGUGCAAAAUGGCCAUAUUCGGGAAAUACCAGCCUUAUAGAACCUGAAAUUCUGGAAGAUAUGGGAGUUGGCAUGUUAGAAGAUGGAGCAGUUUACAGUGAAAGUACAAAAAGGCCACAAUCUGAAGAAUGUACAAUUUUAUCUGAGAAUUUAGAUAGAAAUAAAUCAAUAAUAAAUGAAACAGAUGCCUUCGGAUAUCAAGAAGAAGUUUAUACAAGUUCUAGUUUUGAAAUUGUGAAUACAGACAGGAUUCAACAAGAUUCAUAUGAUUUGGAUGAAUUAGCAGUAUUUGGUAACACAGAAAAUGAAUCUGGUUAUUCUUCGAGAGUGGAAGCUGAUUAUUUUGCAGAUUCAAAAGAAAGUUUUACUAAGGAAAAGAUGAAUAUUUCUGCUGAUAGGAACGAGCAGGCUUGCUUAGAUCAAUUCUGUUUAUUCCGAAGGAAAAGAAGACCUUCCAUUGAGGGCGAGAAUAAAUUUGAUAAAUUAUCAGAUGAAAUAAUUUUGAUGAUAUUAAAAUGGUUACCUAAAAGAUAUCUGGUAAAUUCUAUGUUAGUAUGCAAACGUUGGUGUCAGAUAGGUCGAGAUGAAGCAUUGUGGACUAGAUUAGAUUUGAGUAGCAAAGUUUUAAACGAAGGCACAUUGGGGUACAUAUUGCCGCGAGGAAUACAAAUUCUGAGACUGGCGCAGGCGGAAAUCGCGGAUCCUAUCUUCUGUGAGAGCAGCGAAGUUCUUAACGACUCUUACAUCAGUAAAUUACAAUACUUGGAUUUAUCCAUGGCGGUUAUAUCGCCAGCUGGUUUGGCUGCCUUAUUAUCCAAAUGUAAAUAUCUGAAAAAAUUGUCACUGGAAAAGUGUAUAGUAAAUAGAGAUUGCUGUAGAGCUAUUAGUCAAAACACUGAAUUAGAAGUUUUGAAUUUAACAAUGUGCGAGAAUAUAGACAUUGGAUGUAUCACGGAUUUAAUGAGACUUAAAUGUUUAACUGCCCUCAACAUGGCGUGGUGUUCUUUGGAUAAUGAAUGUAUGACUCUACUUUGUAAAACACUGUCAGCAUCAAUUACACGCUUGAACCUAGCAGGGUGUAGAAAAACUAUGACUGAUGAUAAUAUAAAGGAUUUGUCGAAAAGGUGCCCGGAUAUUAUAGAAUUAGACUUGAGUGAUUGUGCUAUGCUCACAAUACAUACUGUCCAUAAUUUAUUAAACUUUUCGAAACUCGAACACUUAUCGCUGAGUCGUUGUUAUAGUAUUCCGCAAUCGGCUUACGUUAGAUUGGCGCACAUGCCGUGUUUAUUGUACUUAGAUGUUUUCGGCUUGAUGUCGGAAUCGGUACUGAAAACGUUGCAAAUUGCCUGCCGCGAACUCGAGAUUAAUAAGUACCUCUAUAGCUCGGUCGCAAGACCGACAGUUGGUAUUCGAAGGACCAGUAUUUGGGGCCUACGAGUUAGAGAUUAACUUUAAUAGGCAACAUUUUUGUCAAUUUACAAUACAUCAAGAGGGAUAGAUUUGACCAAAGGGUAAUUGAUCUAUACGUAAUAUUGCAUCUUUUCAUACAGACUGAAUAUCGUACUGAUUAAAAAAGUGAGUUUAAUUUGAAGAAAUAAAAUAGUAUAGAUGUUUAAUAAGAUAAUAUGUAUGUUCUUCCGGAAAUUUAAUAUUGAAUUGUUGCUCAGAAUGAUGAUAAUUUCUUGUAUAUUCAUAUUAUACCUAUAAUACGGAGCAUUCGCUGAUAUUUAACAUGUCAGCUUGUUACGGCUGUGUGAGACUGACUUAUUUACAAUUCCUAAUCAUGGUAUUGAAUUUUGUCAAGAAUUUUUGUUUCGCUUAUAUUAAUUCUUACCGGAUUGAAUUUUUCAAGAUCUCAGAAGAUAAGAUGAAAUAGUUAUAUAUGGUUGUAUAUUUACAAAAGAGAAUUCGCUUAUAAAAUGCGAAAACUCAAAUCUAUAAAUCUAUAAUGUAUUUGUGAUAAAAUUCCAUGCCUAUUCUUAAUUAACGAUUAUACGAACGAAUCAAUUUGUUGUGCAUAUAAUAAAAUUUCUUGAAUUGAAAA